CCAGUUAGCAGCUAUAGCGAGAGAGCGAGCGGCAGGCAGAAGCCAAUUAACCCGACUGGCAACGUAUCCUUGUCAGCAACAGCCAGGAGUAUUAUUGAUCGGAGCUAGAAACAGAGUAUGGUAUAGAGAGAGCUGCCGCGGCAGAUAAUGGACGACUUCACCUUCCCCGCAACCGCUGCCCCGGCAGAGUCGUCGUCGUCCCCCGCGGACACGCUGUGCCUACAUCACCACCGCCACCACAGCCUCCUUCCCUUCCCACACUUCGCCAAUUCCCCGCUCUGGUUCCCCGUCGACGCCGCCGUCGCCGUCGCGCCACCGCCGCUGAUGACCAGCCGAACUGAAGACGACAUGGAAGAAGAAGAAGAACAAGAGCCGGCUUGGGCUGACGCCGAGGAGGGCGAGGGGGAAAGAGGAGCCGGAGGAGAAGAUCUGGAUGACAUUAAAAGGGGCUUCGUCCGCGGAGGCGUGGAAGGGGAUCAGGAGAAGAUGGACAUGCUGUGGGAGAACUUCAACGAGGAGCUGGAGGCGCUGCGCCGUUGCUCCAAGCAGAAGGCGGCGGCGUGCGAGGUGGAGUCGGACACGGAGUCGGAGGAGCGGGGAAGGGGGUGCGCGCCGAUGCCGAUGCUGCAGGCGUCGUCGAGGGCCGGCGGGACGGGGCAGUACUACCGCCGGGCCAGCAGCUGGGUGCUGCUCAUGAGGAUCUUCAGGAGGCUCUUCGUCGUCGAGAAGACCUUCUCCUCCUCCGCCUCCGCUCGCCACCGCCAACCAAACGCGGCUGGACGGUGAAUUUAUUCCUGACCGGGUCAUCAUCGAUCGCCAGCAAGUCCAAGUGUCAUGCUUCAACGAAUGCCAAGUAAAUUAUACUAGAUGUCGCAUACGAGUAAUUUAAGUGGUGUUAUUCAUGGGUGUAUGUAAUUAGAGUACAGAGAAAUGCAGCAUACCAUCAUUCCAUAUUUAUUUUUUCUUUCUCUCCAUCGAUCUUCUUCAUUGUCACUUGUUUUCAUAAUUAUUUAGCAAGGGAUUUAGUAAAGGUGUGAAUAAGUAAAUAAAGAAUCAAGACCCGUACAAAAUUCGAUCGUGUCCAUUGGUCACGAGAUGUUGUUUGUGUCAA